AUGAGUGCAGUAGAAGAAAUUGAAAGAUGUUUAGCAUAGGCAAUUCAAUAGAGAACUGCAACAGAAAUCAUAGCGACUAUGGGUACGAAAGUACUGACACUUUAGAAUUUUUAAUAAUUGAUAAAAAAAAACAACAAGAACAUUAUCAAUAAAGAAGUCGAGGAAUAUUAUUAUAAAAUAUUAACAGAUUUUGAUAGUAGGGUAGGAAUUACUUAUGAAAUAUUUGAGAAGAUGGUUGAGAAUUUACCUAAACCAAAAAGACGUUAAGAUGUUGUUAUGAGUUUAAUUGAAGGAAUAUAAUCUAAAAAGGUACCUUUGGAAAGAAUUUUCAAAUUCUUUGAUUAUGAUGGAGAUGGAAAAAUGCCAUUAAACGAAAUGAAAGAGCUUUUGGAGUAUUUAUACCCAGAGAUUACUGAAGAAGAUAUCAUGAUAUUGAUGAAAAAUAAUAAUGAAGUCUAAUUCUCAUUCGAAAAUAUUAAGACCCUAUUAUCAUUUGAAUAAAAUAUGAAUGCUGAAAUUGUUAUAGUAAAGGAUGAGAAUGAAACUAGUGAUAGUGAUGAUGACGAUGAGUAUUAUGAUGAAUUUGGAAUGUUUAAAGGAAAUCAAGAAGAAUACUUUGAUGAAUACUGCAUCAGUGAAGAUUCACCAUUUUAUGAACCUUUUAUGAACUUCAAAAGUCAAUACUAUAAAUUGAAAGAAAAUAAAACUAUUUUUGUAGAUCCAGAUUUCAAACCGGAUGAAACAAGUCUAGGAAAUGUGGGAGACAAUUUUGCAUGGAAAAGACUAACUGAAAUUUGGAAGAAUGUUUAAAUCUUUUAAAAGGAUUUAUAUCACUCAAAUAGCGAAUUAGGAGUACAUUCCUUAGUUUCUCCAAGAGACAUUAAAUAAGGAUCACUUGGAGAUUGUUAUUUUCUAUCUUCUUUGGGAUCAAUUGCUAGUAAAUAUCCUGAUAAGAUUUUUGAAUUGUUUUAGACUCCUAUUCUAAAUCCUUAUAAUUUUUAUGGUGUUUGGCUUUGCAUUUAGGGAAUUUGGAAAUUGAUUACUCUAGAUGAUUAUGUACCUGUCUAUAAUGAUCAACCAGCGUUUAGUGGAAGUGAUACAUAGGAAAUGUGGGUUAUUUUACUAGAAAAAGCAUGGGCUAAAAUAUUUGGAAAUUAUGGGAAUAUUAUAAGUGGUGAUCCGAGAGAAGUCAUAGCAAGCAUUACUGGAGGACCAACUUGGUGUAUCAGUAGUGAUGAAAGCACUUUUAUUGAUAAGUUGAAAUAGAUAAUGAAUUCAUAUCAAAAUUAUAUCGUAUGUGCAGGAACGUAUUCUGAUAAACCAGAAUCGGAGACCUUUGGAUUAGUGCGAAACCAUGCUUACUCAGUGUUGAACUUUAGAACUAUAAAAUUGCCAAGCAAGGAAGAAGUUUAACUAAUUUAAUUGAAAAAUCCAUAUGGAAAUGAUCAAGAAUGGAAUGGAGACUGGAGUGAUAAAAGUCCACUUUGGACUCAAGAAUUAAAAGAUAAUGUGUUAUAAUCUUAAGAAGAGGAUGGCAUAUUCUUUAUGUGUAUUGAAGAUUUCAGAAAGCAUUUUGAAAAUGUAUUUAUAGGGUUCUGUAAUCCUUAUUUUAAAUUUUCAUAAAUCACAAUUUAGUGCUAGAAGAAGAAAUCGGCAUAUAUUUUAUUAAAUAUUAAAAAGGAUGGAGAAUAUUAUUUCUCAGCAUAUUAGAAGUCAUAAAGAAUGUUUAGACAAUAAUCAAAAGAUUUAUAAAUAUAAUAUGACUAUUCAGAAAUGCGCUUGAUAUUAUCUAAAAUGAACAAGAAUAAUUCCAUUCAACCUUUAACAUACAAGACUGAAACAGAUAUGAGUUUCAAUAUCUAUGGAAGAUUGUAGAAAGGAUAGUAUAUACUGUAACUUAAAGUAUAUUGGAUAAUGGAGGGAUGGGAUUAAAGUGAUGUUCCUUUAGUUUCAUAUGGAGAAGACACAACUGAAAUGAAAUUUUGUUAGAAAAUAUCAAAUUUCCAACAAGCCUCUAUUUUAUUUGAAGCAAAGGAAAAAAGAGCUGAAGCCAAACCACUUAAUCCUUCCCAUCCUGAGCUUGUUGCUUUGAAGAAUAAGUCAUAAGCAUAUAAUUAUCCUUAUCUUUAUUACUAAAAUAUAUCAAAAGAGAAGACUUUUAGUUUUGAGAUGGUGUUUGAAGGGGAUAUCAAAUUAAAGAAACCUCAUAGUGGUAAUCAAGUGGAUAUUGAACUUAAGCCAGGUUAAGAUAAAUUGAUUGUCUAUAAAUUUAUGACCAAAGGAGCAAAAAUGAAAUAUCAAAUACACAAGUUCAAAUGUAGAAGUGCAUCAUGA